AACGCAGGUGAAAUGUAGCGUAUUAAUUCCACGAACAGCUUAACGUGUUGAAACACGUUUCUUGCUCGACACUUCGCAUCUAUUCUCAGAAUCAGUAGAGAGAGUGCUCUUUGAAAUUAUCAUUAUUUAAAGAAGUGUUUCUUUUUCUUCUUCUUUGUUCGACAAUCGCUAUAACAUUUCUGAAUCUGAAUCCAAAUUUCCAUCGAAAGAUUAGGGCUUUCACUCGAUUCUCAAUGGACAGAAUCAGAAGAGCUUCUCAUGCAGGAUCUUGGUACACUGAUAACCCUAAAAAAUUAGCGGAAGAGCUUGAUGGAUGGAUCAGGGCGGCUGGCUUGCCUAAAUCUUCUGAUGUAAGAGGUGUAAUAGCUCCUUCUCGGGUAUUCGUUCUUGGUCCAUCUCACCAUUAUUACACUCCAAAAUGUGCAUUGUCAACUGCUACAGUUUACAAGACACCAAUAGGGGACCUACCUAUUGAUUUGGAAGUCAUUGAAGAGCUGAAAGCUACUGGAAAAUUUGAAUUGAUGGAUCUACGAGUUGAUGAAGCUGAGCAUAGCAUGGAAAUGCACUUGCCUUAUCUUGCAAAAGUAUUUGAGGGGCAUCCAGUGAAAGUUGUGCCCAUUUUGGUUGGUGCUCUUAGUGCUGAAAAUGAAGCAAUGUACGGAAAAUUGUUGGCCAAAUAUGUAGAUGAUCCUCAAAAUUUCUUCUCUGUGUCAUCAGAUUUUUGUCACUGGGGUUCUCGGUUCAAUUACAUGCACUAUGACAAGAAGUAUGGGGCCAUACACAAAUCAAUUGAGGCCUUAGACAAGAUGGGUAUGGAUAUAAUAGAAACAGGAGAUGCAGAUGCAUUCAAAGAAUAUCUGUUGGAGUAUGAUAACACUAUCUGUGGACGCCAUCCAAUUAGUGUUUUCCUUCAUAUGCUGAGGAACAGCUCAACAAGAAUAAAGAUCAAAUUCCUCCGGUAUGAGCAAUCUAGUCAGUGCAAAACUAUGAGAGACAGUAGUGUAAGUUAUGCAUCUGCGGCAGCAGAGGUGGAUGCUUGAAGAUGUAAAAAAAGUAUUCUCACUGGUGUGAGAACUUCUGGCAAUUUAAACUCGUUUGAUUUGAAUGUAAUAUCUAAAAUAAUUACAUGCAUUUGCAAGACCCAUUAGUUGGUGGGUUCCGCGUUCGUAGAUCGAGACUAAUAAUGGUACUUGUUUCUGCAAAUUACUGAUUAGGUCCUGCUUGUUUCGGUA